AUGCCACUAGAUAAGGAAGCAAUUGAGUUUGAAGUCGCACAAUCGGCAUUGCUGAGACGGAGGCUCGAGCAGGGUGAGCUGUUGAGCUCGAAUCCUCUUGAUAAAAAGUAUCGGAGUACAUACACACUUCUGGGAUCGUCGAUGACAUCACUCCAAAAGUCAUAUCUCGAAAUACCUGACGGACGCGUUUUUCUCCGCCGGAAAACAUCGAGCAGUGGCCGGCACCAUCAUUCAGCAAUAUACUUUUACGAGAAUGACGGCCACGCAUCCACAUCAUCCAACACAUGGCUUGCCAAAAAGAAACAUUUCCGAGACACAGAAGAAUGGAGAGUGAAGAAAACACGGAUCCUAAACAAGCUUCGAGCCCUCUCCAAAAUCAAUCUGGCACUUGUCCUGUCGCGAAUGCCGACCAUCGAAAAACUCCCAGACAAAGUGCUACGAGACAUCUUCCAGUAUUUGUCACCAAAACAGAUCAAUCAAGUCGGCCUUGUAUGCAAAAGAUGGAGAGUGAUUUCUCAAAAUCCGGGACUUUGGAAGUUUGUGUCAUUUAGACCGAAUUAUGGAGGAAUACAGGUCAAUCCACAGUGCAUUGAUUUCUUCAUUCAACUAAUUGGAACUCGAUUUUCUGAGCUCAGAAUCGUUGAGCUCGCCACAGAUCUUAUCACUCCCAAUGUGCUCUAUGAGUUGGCCAACAAGGCUCCGAAACUUCAAUAUCUGACUUUGGAUUUCUCCACUGCCAUGCAGCUCCACGAUUUCACCGAUCUUCAAAGUUUUCCAUCUCGCCUGAAAUCUCUGACUCUCUGCCUCUCGGAGAACAUUUUUCUGGAGGGAUUCCUCAGAAAAGUGUACACUUUUAUUUCAUCCGUCGAAACGCUCCAUAUCAUUGGAACCUACGAAAAAGUUGAGGACGAAGAAGAAGAAGUCUACGAGACUGUGAACGUCUUCAAACUCAAACAGUUUCUUCCAAACUUGAGAGUUGUGAACUUGUGGGGUGUUCCAUUCAUCACUGAUGAACAUGUGGACGCGAUCUCUUCCAAUUGUGCUCAUCUGGAAUGUCUUUGCGUCAAUUAUUGCCCAAAAGUGACUGGAUCCUGCCUGAAAUUAGUACUCCAGAGAUGCAGAAAACUCAAGACUCUCUUCCUGGCUCACACCAAACUCGACAACAACAUUGUGAAAAUGGUCGACUGGGAGAAGACUCGCAUCGAGGAGUUGGACAUCAAGGGAACUGAGCUUAACUCUGAAGCUCUCAUCUCAAUCCUCACACGUCUCCCUCAUCUCCGUUGGUUGGAUGCCAGCUGGUUGGAAAAUAUGACCGACCAGGUUCUCGAGGCAUGGCAGAACUCUAAUGCGAUGGGAAGCCUUCAAUUCUUGAACAUGGACACAUGUGACUCGUUGAACGAGCAAGCGCUGGUUGACAUGAUCAAAAGACAUGGCCAUCAAUUUCAUGGACUGUGUCUCGGAGGACAACACAAGUUGCUCGAAUAUUUCUGGAUGAACAUGAUCCCUCAAUUGAGAAAUAUUAGAGUUAUGGUGAUGGGAAUUGCCGAAGACUGCUGCCCAAAAGUGGUUGCAAAAAUCCACGUAGAUCAAUUCAUCGAUUGCAUUGCUCAGAAUUGUCCAAGAUUGACUCGCCUGGAGGUCAGAUGGGAUGAUGAGACUCUUAGAUUCUCUGACAAGUCGAGCAAGUUCAUUGAUGUGCUCCGUAUGAAAUGUCUUAUGCUUCACUCCAUUGUGCUUUCUGACGGACAAUAUUAUGAAUUGGUCCGUUCAAAUUUCGAAAGAGCUGAUCGAAUGUCGGUUGUUAGAACUACUGAAAUGUGCCGGACUGGAUUACUUCACUGCUCCAGAUACUUUAAUCAAUUACUCUUCAACUAA